AUGGAAAAAAUCGAAUAUCGUGCCGUUAUAAAGUUCCUUACCAAGCAAGGAAAAUCAGUUGCGACCAUAAUGGAUGAGAUGUCAUCGGUUUACGGUGACUCUUGUCCAGGAAAAACCAUGGUGUACAAGUGGCACAGUUUGUUUAAAACGGGAAGGGAAUCCCUUGAAGACGACCCGAGGCCGGGCAGGAGCAUCGAGGUGACCACGCCAGAAUUUAGCCAAAAAGUCGAAAAACUUGUACUCAACGAUUCUCGACUAAAGAAGAAACAACUUGCAGAAAUGGUUGGCGUAUCUGAUACAACCAUUUUUAAAAUCCUGCACGAUCAUCUUGGCAUGACUAAGGUCAGCGCAAGAUGGGUACCGAGAAUGCUCACGCCGCACAGUGCAGUGAAAUACUCACAGCACUGUGCGCCGCCGCAAAAACAACAACGCGUAGAGUGUUCACGUGCAUUUUUGGACCUCUGCAAUCAAGACAAGGAUGGUGUAUUGAGUCAAAUUGUUACUGGAGACGAAACUUGGGUUCAUCAUUAUGAACCUGAGUCGAAACAAGACUCUAUGCAGUGGCAUAAAAAGGGCACAGCACCCCCCAAGAAGUUUAAGGUGUCACAGUCAGCUGGGAAACUCAUGGCACCGGUCUUUUGGGACUCAGAAGGAAUAUUAUUAAUCGAUUAUAAAGAUAAAGGUGUUUCUAUAACCGGAGAAUACUACGCUUCAAUCUUAGAGCGAUUAAAAGAAGCCAUUAAACAGAAAAGACGGGGAAAAUUGACGAAAGGUGUGCUGCUUUUGCACGACAAUGCGCCCGUCCACAAGAGCCGCGUUGCGUUGGCUGCCCUGCUUAAAGUGGGCUUCGAUAUUUUGAACCACCCACCAUACAGCCCAGACCUGGCCCCGAGUGAUUAUUACCCUUUCCAAAAAUGA